AUGAAUAUGUUUAUACAAACAAUCGAUAUUUAUGGUAAUAAUUACUAUCAAUUUACAGAUAGGUAAGGUAAUAAGUAUAAAGUUUAUAGCGAGACUAUUCCUGAUGAAUUGAAGUUUCUUGGAGAUCCAAUAAAAAACUAAAAAUUUUUUGAUAGAUUGAAGAUAAUAGCAACAAAUAAUAUUUAUUAACUGUUAUAAAUGAAGGAAAAUGAGCUUAAGCAUGACUGCUGCUCAGUUAGAAGGGAUUAAUUUUGGCUGAAAUACCCACUAAUUCCAAAAUCAUGUAUUUAGUUUAAAACUUUUGAGCAAUACAAGAAUCAUAUAUCUAUGGUAGAGCUUAUUUCUAAUAUAAAUAGAUAAGAUUUUAAAUAGCACUGUUUAAAAAUUUAUAGUUAUAAUCCAUAGAAAAGCGAAAUAACAGUGGAAUAGGUUAGCUAAAAUUUGCUGGAAGUGUUAUCAAAAAUAAAGGUCACUGAAAAAAAUGACUUCAAAAAAAAUUUUACUUACAUGCUAGAAGUUAUGUUUAAAAAAAUGUUAAAAAAAAUUGAUUUGCUAGUAAAUAAAGUUUAGAUAUUUUAGACUGAUAUCUCUUUUUAAAAUAUUAUUUUGACUACUGAAGGUAAAUGGGAAUUUUUAAGUUAUGCAACCGCAAUAGAAAUAGAUAGCAGAAAAAAAACUUAUUACCUUCCAAAUAAAAAAGCUUUUAUUUUUGAAUAAUAUUAAAAGGGAGGAAGCUACACUCAACAAUAAUUUUUUGAUAGUAGUCUCAAGUCUUUGAUUUUAGUAAUUAUAUAAGCUAUUUUGAUAGUAUAUGGUGAAUUAAAAGAGCCUUUGACUGAACUAAAUAAUGAAAGCAUUUAUUAAUAUUUAAACAAAAUAAAAAAUAAUAAAUAUGUAUAUGAUGAACUAAUUGAAAGAAUAAAUGUUAUUUUAUUUCCAAAGGCAGAUAAUUCUCUAUACAGCAUUGACAAGGGAAGUAUUCAAUAAAAAUUCUAAUUAUUUGAUAGUUACAUUAAAGAAUAUCAAUAAAUCUAUAAAUUCUUUACUGACUCUUCUAAGCUAAAUAUAAAAUUUACAGAACUUACCAAUAAUAUUGUUAGUCCAUAAGAUUAACUUCUUAUGCUUAACUAGUUAAGAUUAUUAGAUUCAGAAUCUCAAUCCAUAAUAAAUGAUAAAUUUAUCACUUAUGUUAAUAGUCACAAUGAUAGCAUUAAUAUGAUAAAGUAAGCCUUAUUAAGUUAUUACGGAGAAACUGCUAUAAAUUAAAUGGAAAGUUAAGACCAUGCAAUUUUAGUAGACAACUUUAUAAAUAGAAUUAAAGUUAACAAUUUACCUGAUAAAAAAUAAUGUUUUUAGAUGUUGCCUGAGAUUUUUAAUAAAGAACCUAUCAAAUAAGCCAAUUAUAAGGAAAAUGAUUCUAGUGGUGUGAUAAAUAUAUAUGAAAGAGAUUAUUUAAUAGCUUGUGCUAUUUUGAAACAUAAUAAAAAUAUCAUAAAAGUUUCUCUAAAAGUUUCAUAAGAAAAUUUUUAAAAACAAAAUGAUAAUGUGUUUGAGAGCAUUUUGAAUGCAUUUACUGAAAAUAAUAUCAUCUAACAUUUUGUUUGUAGCUUUGAAGAUGUUUAAUUCAAUUAAGAAUAAUUUAAGUUCUUGAGUCAUGCUUUAGUCAAUAACACAUACUGCUAAAUUUAUGAAUUAAAUUUUGACAGGACAAACCUUCAGACAUAAUAAAUUAAUGAGUUAAAAGAGACUUUAAAUAAUAGAUAAUUUACUGAGAGUCUAUUUAUAAGCUAUAAGGGAAGCGAUUUUAAAAAAGAGUUCAAUGAUUAAUUUAGCAUCAUUAGAGAAUAUGAACCAAACACUGGGUCUUUUUAAGAUUAAAUAAAACAAUAGAUCUCAUAAUUAGAAUAAGGUAAUUUAGAGGUAGAAAUUUAAGAAUAAAAACCAAUUUAAACUAAGCUAAAAUACCCUGAAAAUAAGGCUUUGGCAACUAAUCCUGAAAUUUCAAUAACACACGAAACAUCCAAUAUUUAGUUAACUUCACUAAGUCAAUCAUAGCCUAUUUAUAAUCUAAAUAAUAAUGCUAAUGAUACUAUUCAUAAAAAAAAAAAGGCAUAAGACAAAUAAGAACUUCCAAACGUAUAGCAAUAAAACAUAGAAAUAGAAUUAAGCAAAUUAGAUAAUCAUUAUAAUUAAUAAAAUGCUCAAACUUCUAAAAAUAUUAAUAAUCAAGUCCUUUCUUAAAAGGAAGCUAAUAUAAAUCAAGAAAGUAGCAGAUUGCCAGCACUUUAAUAGAAAUAAGAAGAAAAAUAAAAAGGAUAAGUACAACAUGAGCUUAAUUCUAACUUAGAGAAUAAAGGAGAUGAUAUAAAUAGUCAAUAAGUUAGUUCUUUAGAUAAUUAUAUGAAUUCUAAAAGUGUUAACACUUAAGAGACUUCUUCCUAAAAAGAAAAUAGUUAAUUAACUUAAGCAUAGGCUUAGAAUAAUUAAUUUAAAAUAGAUAUAAUUCCUGAAGAGAGUUUUACUCCUUAAGACGUAGGUAUGGGAACUUCAGAUACUAGCUCUUUGUUUGCUACAAAGAGUGAAAAUAGCUAAAAGAAUCAAGUAAACGUUUUACAUAAAUCUAAAAUAAGCAAUGAAGAAAUAAAUGAUAGCAAUAGCUCUUAAAUGAUAGAGUCUAUAGAUAGUAAUAUCGAUAGUAAAAAUUUUGAAAAUGAUACAAUUCAUUAAUUUUAAAGUAGCUAAAAAUCUGCUUUUGGAAUUUAUAUUGAGCCUUCUAGUAUAAAAAGUUAAAACUAUGAUAUUUUUGAGAAAAUUUCAAAUAAUGUAAAUGAAGAAUUGUAAAAUAUUAAAGAAAAUAGCCAAGAUGUUGAUGCUGGUUUUUAGAAUUAAAAGAUAAAUGAAGCUAAAAGCUCAAAUUAAGUAAGUGAAAAUAAAAGUUAAGUAAAUUAAUAGUCUUUAACCCCAUCUAAAUUGCAAUAAAAUUAAAUAUAAGCUUUAGAUAAUUAAUAAAGAUAGCUUGAUUCGGGACUUGACUAUAGUGAUAAUAAUUAAAAGCAAAUACUAGAUAAAUAAGAAAAUAGUAACAAAUAAAAGAUAAACGAAAUAGAAGAAUCAUUAAAUUUAACAGACUCUAAAUUAGAGAGUGUAAAUAAAGAUUAAUAAAAUAUUUAAAAGGAAUUAGGAUAAGUAGAAUUUUAAUAAUAUGACAAUAAAAAUAAUGAUCUUCAAAAUGUUAAUGAACCUGAAUUAGAAUUAGAAUUUAAUAAUUUAACAAGCUAUCUUUAGUAAAAAGAUGAUAAUUAUAAAUUAGAGGGAAAAUAUUAAUAAUUAAAUGAAAGUUUCAUUAAUUCAGAUAUUAUUAGUUAACCAUAAAAUAAUUAUAACAGAGUGAAUAUAUAAUGUAUUAAAGAUGAUGUUUCUGUAACAUAAGAGACUUAGCAAACACAAACAUAAAAUGUUUUAGAGGACAAUUAUGCAAAGGAAAUAGUCUAAUAAGUUUAAAAAAAUACAGAAAAUAAAACCAUCAAUGAAGAAAAAAUAAAUAAAAUUAAAUUAAUGAGCAGCAAUUUAAGCUAAGAAAAUUAAACUAAAUCAAUUGAAACGUCCUUAAAAAAAGAAGAAGAAUAAUAAGAAAACCAGAAAAUCCAUUAAAUUAUUGUUGAAAAAAGUUAAUAAAUAUCAAAUAGUAUUAAUUAAGAUUCUAUGAAAUAAAAUCUAUUUAAUGAAAUCCAUGAAGAAACUGAUGUUAGAAUAUAUAAUUAAAAUAUUGGAAUGCAUGAUAGUAAUAAAAAAGAGUUUUAAAAAAAUGAUAUAUUAUAAAUAAAAUAGGAUGUAACUGUAUCAUCAGACAUUGUUUCAGUAUCAUAGAGCCUUUAAUUUAAGAAUUAAGUAUAGUAAGAAGUUUAAAGUAUGGAAAAUUUAUAAUAAGAUAUUAAUAGAGAUAGUUUAAUAAAUUAAUAGGAAAUUAAAAAGAAGGAAAUUUAAAAAAGUAAUAUUUUUGCUAUUAAGGAGGAGGUUUCUGUAACAUAAGAAACUUAAAAAACAUAACCAUAGAAGGCUUUAGUAGACAAUUAUAUAAUCGAUAUAAGUUAAUAAGUUUAAAUAAACGCAUAAAACUAAAAUAACAAAGAAGAAAAAAUGAAUAUUAACGAUAAAUUGAUAAGCAAAAACGAAAGCAAAGAAAACCAAUCUAAAUCAGUUGAUAUCUCCUUAAAUAAUGAGAGAAAAUAAUAAGAAAAACAUAAUAUCAGUUAAAUCAUUAUUGAGAAGAGCUAAGUUACAUCAAAUAAUAUUAAUUAAGAUUAUAUUAAAUAAAAUUAACUUUAUGAAAUCAAAGAAGAAAGUAGUGUUGGAAUAUAAAAUUUAAAUAUUGGAAUGAAUGAUGUUAAUAAAAAAGAUUUUUAAAAAAAUAAAAUAUAAUAAAUAAAAUAGGAUGUAUCUGUAUCAUAAGAUUCUGUUUCACAAGUGUAGAGUAUUUAAUUUAAUAUUUAAGUGUAGUAAGAAGUCAUAAGUUAGUUAGAAAUUUAAAAGAAGGAUAUUUAAAAAAAUAAUAUUUAUGCAAUUAAAGAAGAGGUUUCUGUGACAAAUGAAAUUGAUUCUCCACGAUAAAGCAACAAAUUCAAUUACCAAAUUAAUUAGAAUUUCAGUUUAAUUGAAAAUAGUAGUUAACUUACUUAAAAAGAAGAUUAAGAUGUAUCUUAAAAGAACUAAAUAUCUUAAUAAAAUUCUUUAUUGUUUUUGUAAAAUUAAGACAACCCUUAAUUGAGUACUUUAAGUAAUUCUUAAAAAUAAAAUAUGUUAGACAUUUUAUUUGAUAAUUAAAGCUAAAUUUAUUAUGAUAAAGAAAAAAAUUAAGAUUAGAAUUUGUAAAAUAUUGAAUAAUAAAGUAAAAGUGAUAAUAAUCAAAUUGAUUAAGAAAAAUAAUUUUUUUAAAAUGAGAACUAUUCUUUAUAAAAUUACCAAAUUUAAUAAUUUUCUCAGUAGCACUAAGAAUAAUAGAUUGAUGAUUAUAAUCUUAAAGAGUAAAUAACAUAAAAAUUUGAUGAAAUAGAAAAUGAUGAAAAUGAUCCAUAAAAUGAGAUAUAUAAUAGAAAUUAAGUUAUUUGCCAAAACUCUAAUGGAUUUAAUUUUCAAGAGGACUUAUAGCACCAAGCAGAUCAUCAAACAAUCGUAUAAGAUAUUGAAUAAUAAGAUUAUAGUGAAGAAAACUUUUCAAAUUGA